CUCGGAUGACACGCUGGUCCUCCGGGGCUGGCGGUGGUGCUCCAGCUGGAGGGUGCUCCGGCUCUUUGGACGUGUCGGGGAAGGAGUAGCGGGAGUGAGGGAUUGGUAGGACUUCGAAAAUGUCGGAUUCAGACAGUGAUGAGGACCACGAGCACCCAUUUUCUCUCACUGGGUUUCUGUUUGGAAAUAUCAAUGAAGAUGGACAAUUGGAGGAUGACAGUGUUCUUGACAAGGAGUCAAAAAAGCAUCUCGAUGGCUUGGGAACAUUGGGCCUCGGGACCUUCAUUAAGGAAAUCACAGCCAAUGAAGAGGAGUCUGAUGAAGGGAGCACCAAUUCAGAGGGCUGGAUUCAAAGUAAAGAUGAUGCCAUUGAUUACUCAGAUAUUAAUGAGGUAGCAGAGGAUGAGACCCGCAGAUACCGUCAAGUGAUGGGGAAUCUUCAACCUCUAAGGAAACUGGAAGACAAUGACGACGAUGACUAUGAUGCAGACAAUGAGGACAUGGACUCAAAACUCAUGCCACCUCCACCACCACCUCCUCCAUUAAGCAAAGAAGAGGGAGGUUCACAGGAAUCAAGUGCAAAUGGGGUAAAUUCAGCAGUACUCAAUUCCAGUACUGUCGGAGGAUCUCGUGCUACUGAUGGUCUUUUCCCUCGUCCAGUAGCUGAUGAGAAUGAUGGGAUUAUUUUACCUUCCAUAAUUGCUCCUUCGUCCUCUUCAGAGAAGGUUGAGUUUAGCAGUUCCUCUGAUUCAGAGUCUGAGACUGAUCGGCAUGUUCCACGAAUAAGGCAGAAUGAAUCUCAAAAGGAGGAUAAACUCACAUUGCCACUGGCGGGUAUCAUGCAGCGUGAUUCAACCAAGCAGUUGCCCAAUGUCACAGAACUCUUCCCAGAAUUUCGGCCAGGACAGGUGUUACGUUUUUUGCGCCUGUUUGGACCUGGAAAAAAUAUCCCAUCAGUUUGGCGAAGUGCUAGGAGGAAAAGGAAAAAGAAACAUCGUGAGCCACAGCCUGAAGCUCCAGCACAGGAGGGAGAUGGAGAAGAGACAGCAAAGGAACAAAAAUCUGGCUGGGAAUAUCACUAUGCUGCCCCUCCACCACCUGAACAGUGCCUGUCUGAUGAUGAAAUUACAAUGAUGGCCCCCGUGGAGUCCAAAUUCUCUCAAUCCACUGGUGACACUGAUAAUAUAAUGGACAUGAGACCAAAAGUUGCAGAGUGGCGCUAUGGACCUGCACAACUUUGGUAUGAUAUGCUGGGGGUGCCAGAGGAUGGGGAAGGAUUUGAUUAUGGCUUCAAAUUGAAGCAAACAACAGAGCAAGAAGAUGCACUGGAGGAUAAAGUAACCUGCCAGGUAGAGGUACAGGAGUCUUCUGAAGAGAUGGAUAAGUCGACAGAUGAGAAGGAGUUUGAGAAUGAAAUGGAGGCGCUUCUGGAUGAGCACUUUCUCAUGGUCACUCAGCUGCCCUGGGAAGAGGACAUUAUUUGGAAUGGAGAGGACGUCAAGCAUAAGACAACAAAAUCCCAGCGAGCUAGCCUAGCAGGCUGGUUGCCAUCCAGCAUGACUCGAAAUGCCACAGCAUACAAUGCACAACAAGGGCUCAAUCGUGGUGGCACUUGGUUGUCGAAUCCCGUGCCUCCUACUCCAGUUCAGAAAACGACAAUGCCAGGUCCUCCAAUCCCAGCCAAAGGGAAGGACAAGCAUGCACCAGAGCAGCACGUUUCCCAGGAAGAUGAUAAGACUUGGUAUUCUAUCUUUCCAAUUGACAAUGAGGAACUGGUGUAUGGAAGAUGGGAGGAUAACAUCAUCUGGGAUGACCAAGCCAUGGAUAAAAUUUUGGAACCACCAGUGUUGACUCUUGACCCAAAUGAUGAAAACAUUAUUCUCGAAAUUCCUGAUGAGAAAGAGGAGAUGACAUCUAACUCUCCUUCCAAGGAAAAUAAGAAAGAAUCAUCAGCUCGGAAGAGCAGGAUCCUUUUAGGAAAAACUGGUGUCAUCAAAGAUGAGCCACAACAGAACAUGUCACAACCAGAAGUCAAGGACCCUUGGAACCUAUCCAACGAUGAGUUUUACUACCCCAAACAGCAAGGCCUGCGAGGGACAUUUGGAGGGAACAUUAUUCAGCACUCCAUUCCUGCUGUGGAGCUCCGGCAGCCAUUUUUCCCAACUCAUAUGGGCCCAAUGAAACUCAGGCAAUAUCAUCGGCCAUCACUGAAGAAGUAUUCCUUUGGUGCUUUGUCACAGCCGGGGCCUCAUGCUGUGUAUCCACUCCUGAAACAUAUCAAGAAAAAAGCGAAGAUGCGUGAGCAAGAACGUCAGGCCUCUGGUGGUGGAGAAAUGUUCUUCAUGCGAACUCCGCAAGAUCUGACGGGUAAAGAUGGAGACCUCAUUCUUGCCGAGUAUAGUGAAGAAUACCCACCACUAAUGAUGCAAGUUGGCAUGGCAACCAAAAUUAAAAACUAUUACAAACGAAAACCAGGCAAGGAUCCUGGUGCACCUGACUGCAAAUAUGGAGAGACAGUUUAUUGCCAUACUUCUCCAUUCCUUGGAUCUUUACAUCCAGGCCAGUUAUUGCAGGCAUUUGAAAAUAACCUCUUUCGUUGUCCAAUAUACCUACACAAGAUGCCAGAAACUGAUUUUCUGAUAAUACGAACUCGUCAGGGAUAUCAUAUUAGAGAGCUGGUUGAUAUUUUUGUUGUAGGCCAGCAGUGUCCACUUUAUGAAGUUCCUGGUCCAAACUCAAAGCGUGCAAACACACAUGUGCGAGACUUUCUUCAGGUAUUUAUUUACCGUCUUUUCUGGAAAAGUAAAGAUCGCCCACGCCGAAUCCGCAUGGAGGACAUAAAGAAGGCAUUUCCUUCCCACUCUGAGAGCAGCAUCAGAAAGCGAUUAAAACUGUGUGCAGACUUCAAACGAACAGGGAUGGAUUCAAACUGGUGGGUACUUAAACCAGACUUCCGAUUACCCACUGAAGAAGAGAUUCGAGCCAUGGUAUCUCCAGAGCAGUGCUGUGCAUAUUACAGUAUGUUAGCAGCGGAACAGCGUUUAAAGGAUGCUGGAUAUGGUGAAAAAUCAUUUUUUGCACCAGAGGAGGAGAAUGAAGAAGAAUUUCAGAUGAAGAUUGAUGAUGAGGUCAGGACAGCACCUUGGAAUACAACACGAGCGUUCAUUGCUGCAAUGAAGGGCAAAUGUCUACUGGAGGUUACUGGGGUUGCUGAUCCUACUGGCUGUGGUGAAGGAUUUUCCUAUGUCAAGGUUCCCAACAAACCACAGCAGCAGAAGGAUGACAACCAGCCUCAACCAGUGAAGAAGACAGUAACAGGAACAGAUGCCGACCUCCGCCGACUAUCUUUGAAAAAUGCCAAACAGCUCCUUCGGAAGUUUGGUGUUCCCGAGGAAGAAAUUAAAAAGCUCUCUCGAUGGGAAGUUAUUGAUGUUGUGCGUACGAUGUCGACAGAGCAAGCCAGGUCAGGGGAUACUCCCAUGAGCAAAUUUGCCCGUGGGUCACGUUUUUCAGUGGCUGAACAUCAGGAGCGAUACAAAGAAGAGUGUCAGCGUAUUUUUGAUCUUCAGAACAAGGUCCUGUCUUCAACUGAGGUUCUCUCCACAGACACAGAUAGCAGCUCAGCAGAAGACAGUGAUUUUGAAGAAAUGGGAAAAAAUAUUGAAAACAUGUUACAGAAUAAGAAAACAAGCUCACAACUUUCUCGAGAGCGUGAGGAACAGGAACGGAAGGAACUGCAGAGGAUGUUGAUGGGAGAAGAAAUUGGAAAUGAUAAAGACCGUGAUAAAAAGGAGAAGAAAGAUAGGAAAGGUUCAUCAUGCAGCACUCCGACCCCAGGAGUUUUUCAUAAAGAUGAUGACACAGCCUCUGUUACCAGUCUUAACUCCUCAGCUACGGGGCGACGGCUGAAGAUCUAUCGUACGUUCCGAGAUGAAGAUGGGAAGGAGUACGUAAGAUGCGAGACUGUCAGGAAAGCUGCUGUAAUUGAUGCAUAUGUUAGAAUACGGACAACAAAAGAUGAAGACUUUAUCCGCAAAUUUGCACUGUUUGAUGAACAACAUCGUGAGGAAAUGAGACGAGAACGACGCAGAAUUCAGGAACAACUUAGGAGACUGAAAAGGAAUCAGGAAAAGGAGAAAUUGAAAGGACCACCAGAAAAGAAACCCAAAAAAGUCAAAGAAAGGCCUGACCUUAAGUUAAAAUGUGGUGCUUGUGGUGCCAUUGGACACAUGAGGACCAAUAAGUUUUGUCCUCUAUAUUACCAAACAAAUGCUCCUCCAAGUAACCCAGUUGCUAUGACUGAAGAACAAGAGGAGGAGCUCGAAAAGACUGUUAUACCGAAUGACAACGAGGAACUUAUCAAAGUAGAAGGAACCAAAAUUGUUCUGGGCAAGCAGCUCAUUGAGAGUGCAGAUGAAGUGCGCAGGAAAUCUUUGGUCCUCAAAUUCCCCAAACAGCAGCUUCCUCCAAAACGUCGCAGACGGGUAGGAACUACCGUCCACUGUGAUUACCUAAAUAGACCUCACAAGUCCAUUCAUAGACGACGGACAGACCCGAUGGUGACCCUGUCAGGCAUACUGGAAGGAAUUAUCAAUGACAUGAGGGACCUAGUAAAUACUUAUCCAUUUCACACUCCAGUCAACGCAAAGGUUGUGAAAGAUUAUUAUAAAAUUAUCACUAAACCAAUGGACUUGCAGACCUUGAGAGAGAAUGUCCGCAAAAGAAUGUGCCAUUCACGAGAAGAAUUCCGAGAGCAUGUAGAACUUAUUGUUAAAAACUGUGCUACUUAUAAUGGUGUGAAGCAUCCUCUGACCCAAAUUGCCCAGAGUAUGGUGGACCUUUGUGACAUGAAAUUCAAAGAGAAAGAAGAUAAACUGGUCCGCCUAGAGAAAGCCAUCAAUCCUCUUCUAGAUGAUGAUGACCAGGUUGCCUUCUCCUUCAUACUGGAUAACAUUGUUACUCAAAAGAUGAUGGCCGUGGCAGAUUCUUGGCCCUUCCAUCAUCCAGUUAAUAAGAAGUUUGUUCCUGAUUAUUACAAAGUAAUUACAAAUCCAAUGGACCUUGAAACAGUGAGAAAGAAUAUUUCCAAACACAAGUAUCAGAAUCGUGAAGCUUUCCUGCAGGAUGUGGAACUUAUUUUGUCAAACAGCAUCAAAUAUAAUGGCACAGAUAGUCCAUAUACGAAAACUGGCCAGGAGAUUGUGAAUGUCUGCCAUCAAACAUUGGCUGAGUAUGAUGAACAUUUGACUCAACUGGAAAAAGAUAUUGCUUCUGCUAAGGAGGCUGCUCUUGAUGCUGCAGAGUUUGAUGGUCUUGAUCCCCUGACUCCAGGACCUCACACUCCUCAGGGACAUUGCCGUGAGGGACGCACAAGAACAGGUGAAGAGGAAUCUGAUGUGGAUGUUGAAGGUUUUGAGGAAGAUGAUGAUGGAAAACCAAAAACCCCUGCCCCAGCAAGUGACUUUUACCAUCCUCUGCAUGAGGUAACUGAGGGAGUAUGUGAAAUGGAAGAUGAGGAUGAGAUCUCUGUACCACAGCGCCAGGCAAGUGUAUUAUAUGAAGAUUUACUGAUGUCAGAUGGAGAGGAUGAGGAUCACAGUGAAGAUGAAGAAGGUGAUAAUCCAUUCUCCUCCAUUCAGCUCAGUGAGAGUGGCAGUGACUCUGAGGUCGAAACAACUGCCAUGCGAUCAAAAAAACUUCAUCUGAUACCAGAGAAUACACGUAUGGGAAUGGAAAAUGAGGAGAGUAUGAUGUCUUAUGAGGCAGAUGGUGGUGAGACUUCUCAGAUCAUGGAAGACAGUAAUAUAAGCUAUGAAAGCUAUGAAGAAACUGAACUGAAGUCAAAUACUCGUGAUACAACCUUUAGCAGUGGUGGAUGUGAUUAUGAGUUGUCAGAGGAGGAGGAGGAGGAUGAUGAACAGAGGCACGGGCCAAGUGUUCUUAAUGAGGUUCAACUGAGUGAAGAUGAGGAGGAUAGUGAAGAAUUUCAUUCCAUUGGAGGGGACAGUGACGUGGACUCGGAUAUAGAGAGCUGAUCAUUAUUUGUUACCACCUGUUGGCAAGACCAGGUGCAUCAACUCCAGUGUUGAUAUCAUUGCGAUGGAGGCAGAUUUCAUUGAUUCAUGUCAUUAAUGACAUCACAGACUUCACAAUGGAUUAUUUGAGAACAUACGAGCAAUUAUUUGCUAUAUUCCUACAAUAAAUUUUGACUAUGGAUAGGAAUCUUCUGUAAAGUUAUGAGGAAAUAUAAAUUCUAUUAACAAGUUGUACUUAGUACCAAAACACAUUGAACUCUGUAUAUAAAGUAGUUCCUGGAAUCUGUACAAAUAUUGUAUGUAAAAAGUUUAGGAAUUUUUAUUCUCUCUUCAUGAAGUCGCUUUAAAGAAUAUUUGCUAUUAGUGAAUAUGUAUUAUAGACUUCGUUAUCACUGCUUUAAAAGGCUGCUCUCAACAGAUUUAAAAACUAAAAUGAAUCCUGUUUCUCUAGCAGGAAACAUUAUUUGUAUCUAACAGAUAGUGAUCCUAUAUUUCUGAAUCUACAGUCCUUGAUGUAAUUGCAGCUCUUUUUAAUACUUAUUUUAAUUUAGGUCAUUGUUUUUUUUUGUUAUCACAAUACUCUUAUUUUAAAAAGACAUGAACAACUGAAAACCUGGCCCAAUUCCAAACUGAACAGAAUAUUGCACUUUGAUGAAUAUGUGGAUAGAUUGACUUCAACCUAUUAUGGAAAAGUUGAAUACUUGUCUGUCCAAUGUUAUGUUAGUUCAAAGGUAUAGCCAAGGAAGAAAUGGAAAACCAGGGAUAUUUAAGAGUGAAACUCCAGAGGUCCCUCCCAGAUUCAAAAUGCAAAGAACUGUUGGUAAUGAAGUAAAAAUACUUAAGGUCUUAAGUAACUUUAAAGUUGUUAGUAUUUUUUUUGGAAAUAUACCCUCACAGUGAAAAUUUUGGUGAGCAGUAUCCAUUUGUACUCGUCUUGGAUGGUUAACUGAGAAUAUUUGUCUUUGGAAAAUAUGUUGAUCCUUCUGUACAAAUGUGUUUUUAAUUUGAUUUCUAUUUAUCAUGAUAGUACCUCAGUGGUUUGAUAAAAAUGUUACCUUCUGCAAUUCUGAACCUUACCAAGUGGUUGACAUCAUCAUUUUUCAUAAUUUUUAUUUGGUUGGCUGAUUCAGUAUUCUGAACUAGAUAUUCCUGUUCUUCAUCUCAGUGUUUUAAAUUAGGAAUGUUUUUUCUUGAUCUCUAGCCAGUGAACCAACUGUGAAACCUCUGUAUGGCUCCUGGGUAAGAACUAGCUUGACCAUGAUAAGCACUGCAUUGAAAUUUUCUGUGAGCAUUUAGUGUCCAGAUUCUUAUGCGGACCUGCCACUUGGUUAUGUUUUGCAGUAUGGUUGGUACCCCAGAAACUGUACAAAAGGGUCAGUACCUUUGGGUGAGGGAAUUUUGGCAAAAAAGAUAUCAUGAUUAGUGUUUUGACAAUUAUGAUCUAACAAAAAUGUUGACUAUUGGUUACAUUUUAUGAUGUACAUGUUGCAGUUUUGUAAAAUCCUCUAUAUUGUAAAUGGUCAACUAAAACUACUGUUUGAAAUACAAUUUUCCAUUGAAAUGUCAGCACUUGGAGAAACAUAAUUUUACUCUCAAAUGGAACCGGUAUGUUGUGAACAUAUUGGGUAAAAUUAUAUUUGCAAGUGUUUGUUGCUUUUUGCUUGAAUUUUUUUUCAGAAGCAAGUAACAUAAUGUCUAAGAUCUGUUUUCUGUAUACAGAUUAUUUUUAUUUGAGGGGGAUAUUUUUUAGUUCCAUAAUUAUUCCUCAGACAUUGCUGGACACAGAUUUUGGGUUUUUGAUCAGUUAAUAAAUAAUUCAACUGGGUAUUUAACUUUUCUAAACAAAGUGUACCACCAUGUAAUUUCUACCUUUGACAUUAAAUGCCGGAUGUGCACCAGCAUUUGCAGCAGUGUCAGCACAUUAGUAUUAUACAUUUAAGAUAGCAAAUCCAUCUAUACUCUAGGCUUCUUUCGAGUUAGUUUACAGUUUUCACCUCUAUUUUUCUUUAGAAUUAGUAGCUACAUUGAGGUGUAAGGUAAUGAGGGAGAAUGUUACCUAUUAAAUCUUGGUGUGGCUAAAAGAUCAGAUUCAGAGGAAUUGGGUGGAGGCCAAGACAGUGGAUGUGAAUGUGAAUAGAUUAGAAGUUAAGGAAUUCAACACAAAAGACAAGCCAAGUUAGAGAAACAAAGGACUGCAGAUGCUGGCAUCUAGGUGAAAACACUAUGAUGGUGGAGGAACUCAGCAGGCCAGGCAGUGUCUGUGGAGAAAAGCAAGCGGUCAACAUUUUGGGUUAGGGCCCUUUAGGACUGAAGACAGCAAAAGGGGAAGCCCAAUAUAUGGGAGAGAAAAGCAAAGCAGUGAGAGGUGGACA